AUGCCGUUUUCUUAAGCGGCAUCAUUGUAACAUCUCCAUUAUUGUCGUGUUUUUGCAGCACAAAUUGAAGAGAAAGAAUGAAGAGUCUGCAGAGGAAGGCAGUGUGAUUCUGCUCCCAGUGAAGAAAUGAAGGUUGGGAGGGCAGGGAGGCGAUGACCAGCCUGAAAAGAUAUCCUGAUCAAUGGCUGAUUUUGAGUAUUUCCAGACCGACUGUGACCAAAUGUGACGUUCAGACAAAGGAAUCCGGACCACGAGAUCUAUGGGUUGUUGGCAAAAGUCAGUGUAUCUGCAAAUGAAGCGGUUUGUGCAGCUGGGAAGCUUUUGUCCUCUGCUGCAGCGCGACCAUAAUGGUUCCCACUGAGAACACAAGUGUUUCUUCGCCAGAGGACUUCUGCCCCAACUGCAGCUCGUCCGCCCAGGCGGAGGUGCAUGUGGCGAAGGCGGUGGCGUUGGGGGCGGUGCUGGUGGUGUUUCUGUUGUUCGGCGUUCUUGGUAACAUCCUGGUCAUCCUGUCCGUGCUGCUCCAUCACCAGUGGCGAUCCGUGACGCAUUAUUUCAUCGCCAACUUGGCGGCGGCCGACCUCUUGUUGAGUUCGGCCGUGCUGCCGUUCUCGGCCGCCUCAGAGGCGCUUGGCCGGUGGGUGUUCGGACGCCCCUUCUGCAACGUCUGGGCCGCCCUGGACGUCCUCUGCUGCACCGCGUCCAUCCUCAGCCUCUGCGUGAUUUCCAUCGACCGCUAUCUGGCGGUGAGCUACCCCCUGCGCUACCCUGCGAUCGCUACCGGACGGCGCGGCCUGACAGCGGUGGCGGCGCUCUGGGGAGUCUCCGCCGCCAUCUCGGUGGGCCCUCUAUUCGGCUGGAAGGAGCCCGACCCGGAAGACGAAACAGAGUGCCGAAUCACGCAGGAACCUGGAUACGCCUUGUUUUCCGCGUUGGGGUCUUUCUACAUACCGCUAGCCAUCAUCCUGGCCAUGUACUGCCAAGUCUACACUGUGGCAAGACGAGAAACCAAAAGCAUCAGGGAGAGCACGAUGGGACAGGAGGUGGAGAUGGGAGGAGUCACGUUGAGGAUGCACAGGGGGAACGCGGCGGCUCAGGCGGGGAAACACGAAGACGGCGAGGAGGCGGGGACGCACAAGCGGCCGUCGUUUCCUCUGCCGAAGCUGCUGAGGUUCUCAAGGGAAGAAAAGGCGGCCAGGACUCUUGGCAUUGUGGUCGGCUGCUUCAUCCUGUGCUGGCUCCCCUUUUUUCUGGUUUUACCCAUAGGCUCCAUCUUCCCAUCCUAUAAGCCUCCUGAAACCAUCUUCAAGAUAACCUUCUGGCUGGGUUACCUCAACAGCUGCAUCAACCCCAUCAUCUACCCCUGCUUCAGCCAGGAGUUCAAAAAAGCUUACCACAACAUGCUGAGAGGACGCUGCGUAAGAACCGCUGUUCCCGUUACCAAGCAAGGACACAAUGCCGCUCAUUCCUCCAGCCCAGGUCCGACGUCCAAGGCAUCCGUUAGCUCCGUCCAAAACCGCGUCGCCGCUUCUUCUUCUUCUUCGUGGGCUUGCUGCAGGACGCUGUCAACGUCAACAUCGUCUGUUGGUGGUCAACACCCGGAUCAGAUUGGACACGUUCAGGGGAAAGGUCUGUUAAAGGCCUGGUGCCUUUCAGCCCGGCAAACCUCUGUACCACAGAACCCGUCCACAAAUGGGUCAGCUAAAGUCUUACAACUCUCUCUUGGCAUUUCCGGUGACGCCGUUUAAUUGGCUUCUCAGAGUUCGGGACAUUCAGUCUUGUUAUCCAGACUCCUUGGAGAAACAAUUAUCUACAACUCUGUCGUCAAACGUGAGAUAAAAAUGACUGCAGAAAGAGAAACAUGCAUGCUCAGCAGGAAACUUCGGGACCGGUUCUGCUCUUGGACUGAGCCAUGCUUGAACACAAAGACAGACGGAAAUUCCUCGAGUGCUGGCCAAGGAUUAACAAAUACAAGCAAUCUGCUAAAAAAGAAAUUGCACAGCAACCAAUGGGACGCGAUUCAUCUAAACAUUGUUGCUGGUGAAAACAAAGAAAACAACAAUAAUAAUAUUAAUAAUACAGACCUUUGGGCACUUAAAUAACUUAAAAACAACAUAAUAUGUAGGAGAAAACAUAAGAUACAGAAAUCCUCCAGCUGAGUUUGACAAUGAGGAACAGCAAAAAAAACAACCAAGUCUGAUUUUAACUAAAUGUGCAGAUUCAUCAUACUGUGAUGAUUUAAAAAAGUCUGCUGGAGCUCAAACAUUUCAUCCAGCUUUCAAGUUGUCAAAAGGAGGAAUAGAAACGACUAAAAGGCUUUCAAAACAAAGGUAGCUGGUGUUGGACUGUGUUAGCUAAGACUGAAAGAGAAGCAUUUCAAACGACAACGUCUCAACAGAAACAUUCGGUGCCUUGUUUUCACACUCAUUUGUCAGGCUAUUGCCACAAACCCAAUCAUGUUUGAUGUUGGGGAUUCAAUGUGACAGAACAUCAUGAAGUACAAACCCAACUGUACUUUGAUUAGCGUCAGAGGUUUGAGAGAGAACAUUAGUGAACUUUAGCGCCAAAAUUAAGACUAUUGUGCACCCAAUGGUGGCUACUUCCUUGUCACAGGAGAUUAUAAUGAGUCUAAAGCCAAUUACCAUCAACAAUGGUUUAUGGUAAAUAUAAACCAUUAGCAUACAUGCCAAUGGUAACUGGCAUGUAUGCUAGUUGUUAGCUUCUGCAAAGCUAACUUAAGUGAUUACUCUCCUUCUCAUUUGCUCAUUACUAGCUCCAGCCUAUAAUCAGAUCAGUUGUUGGGUUUAUUUAGGAUAUGAACUUUCACAACAAGGAAGUAGCCACUGCUGCAUCAGCAAUAGUCUUAAUUUGGCCCCAAUGACGCACCAUAUUCACCAAAUCGCAUCAUGAAGACCAAGAAACAGAUCAGGCAGGUCAGGAAAGAAGCCAGAGAAGUUAUAGUGUGUUUUCACACCUGAUAGUUCAGCAAGUUUGGUUCGACUGGAACAUUUGUUACAUUUUCAGCUGCUGUGGUUGUUAUUCACACUGCACUGUGUCCAACAAGCCAAAGACACUGAAAAAGCUGUUCACCUCCCCACCUGUGGGGGCGCUGCACAAAGAACCACUGAAGGAAACAACACAAAAACCUCAAGAGAAGACACUGAGCACAACUUCACAACAUGUAAACAAAAAAAGCAGUGGUAGGAUUUCACUUUUGUCUUUGGUAAAAGACCACGGGUCGUUUUACCUGCUAGCGCUAGAAUCACACGUGUGUUUGUUUUAGUUGUGUUUACCCAGAAUGCAAUGCACUGUAGUUCACUUCCUGAUUUUGGAGCGGUCUGCAGUCUACGUAGUGUUCACAUGCAUAUUUGAACAACAGAAUUCACUUUAACCAAACUGAGACCAAAGUUACAGGUGGACCAGAGUUUGAUUUUGUGUUCACGUCCCCAAACGAACCAAACUUCGUAGAAACUAGAUUACAAAAUACAACGGUGUGAAUUCACCAUUAGUGUCAGUUUGGUUAUUUGUAAAAAACACCAAUGAGCAACCGACGUAUAUCCUUCACUCCCAUACGUUAAAUCCUCACACAUUUUGCGCGAGAGCAACUAAUAAACCAAGAUUUCUAAACGCACAAGGCUUGCUAGCUUGUGAAUUGGGUUUGAAUGUUGUAAACAUUUUCAAAAUGUUCUUAUGAGAGUUGAACGUGAGCCUAAAGUGGAAACUCUGUGCUUUAAAUUCAUUCUACCCACACUGAAUUAAAAGGAGAAAAUUGGAAAUUAUAGUUUUGUACCAGAGUCAUUUGACGAAUGCAUGAUUAAUUUUUUGUUUCUCCGCUAUCAAACCUCGAGUUUUCAAACAGUUUCAUCAAGUAAGUAUUCUCUCUAGUGAUACACAUCACCAGGUUCAAAAUAUUCUGAAGUUACCCAGAACUUGCUUUGUUUAGUGAAGAAGAAAAAAAGGUAAAUUUUUAUUUUUUAAGUCAAUAUAAGAGCAGCUCUUGUAGUGGUGGAAGCUCUGCUAGCCUAAACUGAGCGUGUCCAUCACGUCUGCAUCUGAUUUUUGCCUUUACAGCUGGUUUCUUGAGCGAUUGUCUUGAAAUUAAGUCAAGAAGUGUCACAUCUGACUCCAUCAGUUUGGCUAUUAUUCAUGGAAAUAAAUGCACAAGCCCCUAUUAGACAUUCAGCUCUCAUUUCUCGAGAAGCAGCGGAUCCAAAGGGUGACACCGCAGCCGUCGCAUUAAGGCAACGGCUGUCGUGAUGAAUGGAUCCGGGCUGCCGUUACUGGAAAGACGGGCUUUAACCCAGUCAGUAGACUGGAAUGUGAAGUCAUCACAAAGGGUGAUUAUGAUGAAUAAUGUCCAGGCAGCAGAGCGACGCAGAUGACGUGAACUGAAACUGAAUCGGUAGCUUGUGGUUUGUGUCAAGCUGGAAGUCUUUUCCUACAGAGUAUCGAGGUUUCUCUGAGGGAAUUAAUGUGAAAUUUUCAUCGAUAAAAAACAUAAAGUUUUUUAUCCAGACUUCUGCAAUUAUUUUCUGUCUUGUUAAAUGUAAGAACAAUAUAUUACAAUACACCAGAUGUCUAAUCCUGACAGAAUGCAACUUAAUACCUGGCUAUGAGGGACUAAAAUGUUGCUGUAAAGCUAAAUAAACAUCAUCAACCUGCAUAAUAAAAUAUUUUCUUAUGAUACAAUAAGACAGGGACUCUAUUAGAUAAGAAGUCAAAUAUUGAUCUACUAUAUUUAAUUAAUCAACAAAAAUGAUAUAAUCCCACA